AUGUCGACACACGAUCCCGAGCCGCCGUCCCCGACUGAAGUUCACGACCGGUAUGCGCCGUCGGCGCUUUCCGUCGAACCGCGCGACAUGUCGAUACCCACCAAGCAGCGGGCCUGGAGUUCGCCCAUUGCGAGCCUAGCUGUCCGAAUUGCAAAUCUUCCCGAUGGCUCCGUCAACGCGCUGUGCGGGGCCUCCGCGGGCGUCGCUUCCGGCAUCGUGACCUGCCCGCUUGAUGUCAUCAAGACGCGGCUGCAGGCGCAGGGCUCGUUUCGCCCACGAAAGUAUACGGGCCCGCCGCGUACCGUGUACAAAGGCCUCGGCGGCACCGCGCGCAUCAUCUGGCUCGAGGAUGGCAUCCGCGGCCUGUACAGAGGCCUGGGGCCCAUGCUGCUUGGCUACAUUCCUACGUGGGCCGUCUACAUGAGCACAUACGACUCAACCAAGAAUCUCCUCUAUCCGCAGAUGGAAAACAAAUGGCUCGCACGAACCAUUGCCUCAUUGGUCGCUGGUGGUUGCUCGACCCUGGUCACCAACCCCAUUUGGGUAGUCAAGACGAGAUUGAUGUCCCAAGUGAGCGCUCGCGCAUCAGACGACCAUCGCCCGCCAUGGCACUACAAGAACACAUUCGACGCCUUCCGCAAAAUGUACGCCAAGGAAGGCAUUCUAUCCUUCUACUCUGGGCUGACGCCAGCGCUGCUUGGCCUCACACACGUCGCCAUCCAAUUCCCGCUCUACGAGUUUCUCAAGAUGAAAUUUACUGGCCUGGAAAUGGGCCAGACAGACGCAAAGGUCGAAGACGUUCACUGGUUUGCGAUUGCACUGGCCACUGUGCUGAGCAAAAUGACGGCGACAUCGGCGACAUACCCACAUGAAGUGCUGCGCACGCGGCUGCAAACGCAACAACGAGCGCUUCCCGAUCACUCGGACAAUCACGUCACGUUUCGAGGAGGACAUCAUGACCAGAUUCACACACGCCCCCCAGGCACAGCUUCAUCCGACGGUAUGAUUAACCUUCCUCGCUACCGUGGCAUACUCCGCACGUGCAACGUCAUCCUCCAAGAAGAAGGUUGGAGAGCCUUCUACAACGGAAUGGGCACUAACAUGGUUCGCGCCAUCCCUGCAGCAGUUACUACGAUGCUCACGUUCGAAUCACUCAAGAUUCUGCACCAGAAGCUUAAGAAGGAGGGCAAGAGAAUAGAAGAAGAGGGCGAGUGA